AUGACUCUCAUUUCAAACAGAAAGGUCAACAGUGCCUCUGCAAUAGAGGCUCAGAGAGAGAUAACAAAUGCGAGAGAGUUAAGUUCUCCCAAGGAAGGCAAAAAGACUCCCCAGUCUGGCGCAUAUCAAGAUGAUCCAGAGAAAGAUAUUAAGCUGAGAAGAAACACGAUGCAGUUCCCUGUCCCUCCGCUGGCUACUUCUCCAGAGCCAGCGGUUAUAAGGCUCAAGAGUGUUGAUCGAUUUUACUCAGGAAAUAUACAACCAAGUGAGCCGCAGGUAAUUCACUCCAGUUAUCCUGACGAGAGAUCCACUUCUUUGGAUCCCGAAUCAAUCGGAAUCCGCAGAAUGGAACACAGAGAGACUUCAAACCUUAUUGAUCUGUCCAGCGCGUCUCCAGCCAACUUGUUGUCGCAGUUUGAUCCGUACGAACAAAUCGUCAGAGAAGGAGACUCAGGGAGGACAGCUAGCGUUCUGGGCACCCUUGAUUCGGCAGACCUGAAAGGUGAGCAAGCUUCCAAGCUUUCAAUCCCCAAACUAAGAAGCCCAGAUAAUGGUAGCCCUGGUGACCGGCGAAGUGACUGGUCUGAAGGGCAAAAUCUGAUUCAAAAGUUUGGUUAUAUAUCGCCAAACGAGAUAGAGGCAUCGAUCAAGAGCCAAAAUGAAAAAGAAACUAUGACCGAUGUGGAAACUGAAACGUUGCGUUCCUACAAUAGAUACAGGACAAUCAAAGAACAUGGACAUUUCGUCGGCAAUGAUGGCGAGAAUGCCAUGAACUCUGCUGCCUCCAUCACAGGAAUGUCUAGUAAAAAGGGAUCUAUGUCUCAACCAUGGGCUUUCGGAGAUGUCGAUGCACUUGAAAGAACCAGUGUCAAAAGCUCAAAAUCAGAAUUCUCCUUUAGUAGAGCAAGCGUGCGGAAAUACACUGGAGGAUCGACGAGAAAAACCAUGGUUCAUUCUGAAGACCGCAAGAAAUCCGUGGAGUUCAAAGAUGCAGAACGCGAGAAAAUGACAACACUUGAGCCGGUGUAUCAGUACCGUCUGACAAUGUCUCCCUGGAUUGGGAUUUUCUUGGCCUUUCUUUUCAUCCUUUUACUGAUAUAUGCAACUUUGGUGUCUAUCAAAGCGUGGUCUCCUUCCAAAAUCGGACGAGAGCAAGUGGCUCAAUAUUUUCAGGCAUUGAAUGAACGUGAGAGGUAUCCAGAAGUUACCAGCAUUUUCAAUGAUUUCAAUCUUAGCAGUGGCAAGCUAUUGGACAGCUUUUCUCUUCCCAAUAAUACCCCUCAAAAUAAUAACACUCUGUUUAAUAACUCGAUGAUCAACUCAUUCCGAGGUAUCAGCAGUAAAUAUCAAGGGGAUUACGAAAUAAGGGCCCUGAUGGAGGACGACAGAUUAAAACAAUCCUUUUAUGGUCUAUCUUACGCCCCAAGAGGGGUGAUUGAGCCGAUGUGUCAAGUCACAGAAAGAGACGUUUUAUUGGAUGUUGCGCUAUUGUCGAGAGUCACAACCAGGGUAAGAACCUAUGGGACGCAAUGCCGUCAGGCAGAACUUAUCCUCAAAGCUUUUCAGGAACUUGACUUGAAUAUGACAAUUGCCCUUGGAGUUUGGAUUGGAGAAGACGACCAUUCGAAUUGGAAACAGAUGAAUGAAAUGAAGUGGUUGCUAAGCAAUUUCCCGAAACGCUAUUUCAACUCAAUAAUCAUUGGAAAUGAAGUACUUUUCAGGGAAGACAAAACUGUGAGAGAGCUGAUCUCGUAUGUGGAAGAAGCUAGAACUUAUGCAAAGUCCAUUGGAUACGGAGACAUUCCAAUUGGGACCUCUGAGCUGGGAUCCCAAGUCAAACGUGAAAUGGUUGAAACGUGCGACUUCAUUGGUGCCAAUAUUCAUCCCUUUUUUGGAGGAGAGGCAGUAAAGGCAGGAGUGCAAUGGACAAUAGAUUUUCUUGAGCAACAGGUGUUGCCAUAUGUCCAUAAUAUACGGCCAGAAGUUCAGGUUGUUGUUACUGAAGUUGGCUGGCCAACUGGUGGUGGACAAUACAUGGCUUCAGUUGCCGGAAAAAAAGAAAUGCACCAAUUCCUUGAAUCAUGGGCAUGUUCGCCCAAGACCCAAGAAUUCGCAUGGUACUAUUUCGAAGCCUUUGAUGAGCCAUGGAAAAAGAUAUGGCAUGAGGAAGGCAGUAAGUGGGAAACUCAAUGGGGAUUCUUCACCCACGACCGUAAGCUGAAAGAAGGAUUACAGCUACCCGAGUGCGUAGAUGCCGUCAAAUUUUCCACUGGGUCAUGGAAAAAUGUUAGCAGAGUCCAGUGA